CGGAGGGGCCUUAGGGAGUGUUUCCCCACCCCUUGCGGACUUCGGAACGGACUCGGGCUGGGUGGCGCCGGAACAGUUGCAGUCUCUACUGGACACCAGCUUGGUGGGUUCGAGUCCUGCAAGAAUGCGCGCCCUGCCGACCCUGGACUCGCUUGCUAGAAUGCGGCCACCUCUCGGGGACCCCAGAGCAGCGGAGGACACUCUCACCCCGCCGCCAGCGAACAAGAGCGCUGUGGAGAGACUGGCAGCGGACCGUGCCAAGUAUGUUCGCAGCACGCUGGGAUCUAGCCGGGGUCCUGUAUCCGAACACAGGGUCCCUGAGGCCCCAGGGGUGCAGCCCCGCAACCCGAUCCCUUCGCCUCUUGCCCCAGCUCCUGUAGCACGCAGGGCAAUCGCUCGAAAGCCUCUGAGACCUGAUUCGUUGGUCAUCUAUCGGCAGAAAUGUGAAUUCGUACGAGGGUCAGAUGCAGACUGUUCCAGAGUGGGACUGAUGAAGAAGUUUUUUCAGGAGUCUGGCAAGGACAAAAUGGCAGUGGCCCCUGAGGCGACCAGGGUGGCGAAUGAGGAUAAGACGAUGAAGGAAACAGAGGCCACUUGGACUAAGUCGAGCCAGGCAGCAGCCGCUAGACCAGCCUCUACGGUACCACCUCCAGUCCCUGUAGUAGCUGUGAAGUCCCCAACCUUGCCUUCUGAAGUGGCUCCCAGGGUUCCCGUCGGAAGCUCCGGUGUGGAGCUGCGGGUGUCGCGUAGCAAAGGAUUGCAGCGCUCUCAGUCAGAUCUCAGCUCCCGCUACUCGAUAGCCAGGGCUGAGUCUGACACCUUCUUCAAGUACUGUGGCCUGGACCCUGAAGUAGUGGAGGCUCUUGGGAGGGAGAACUUUUCUGCUGGAUCCGACUGUGUUACAUUCAAAGUGCGGAGUGUGAGCAUGGCUACGUCUGAUAGUAGCUUCUCCAGGCACAGCGAGGACGGGUUGCAAGAAGAGGAACUCCUGGAGCAGGUGCCUAGCACCACCUCCGUAGUAGAAAGGAACGCCCGUAUCAUAAAGUGGCUGUUUACCUGCAAGAAAGCCAAAGAAACCCCCAGCCAGAAAUUACAGGGACCUGCCUGAUUGACAUCUGAUCCAGGAAGCAGACUUCCCCGGUGAUGAACGGACCCUUAAAUUGUAGGCGUCUGAGACUCCAUAGCCAUGUGUUCUGUGUAUUCCAACAAUACAUAAUUGCUGCUAUCCUAGGAAUAAAGCACUCUAUUGAUCAGGCUUAUCUAUUAGCCAUGAUGGUGUGCUGUGGGGAAGGUGGGAGGGCAGAUAUGAGAGACCAUGAUAAGCGUUCUCCUUGCAAGAGGGCAUCUCAGAGGUGCAGCUGAAGAAACGGCAGCUGCUGGAGUAUAUUUUCAGGACAUUUGUUGGUCUGACUUAAUGACAGUUUCUGCAAUGUAUUUUGAUAAUAUUUAAUAUCAAUAAAUCAGAUAUGUAGACAUUUUUAAAGAAAAGAAGAAAGUAUGGAAUCAAGCAUGGAUACAAUGUUAUUCUCCUUUCAACUAAUUUAUGCCACUUACUGUUCUGUGAGCACAAAGAACUAUUAGUCUACUUAAAUGCUAUGGCUGAGACAGUCACCCAACGCACACAGUGGUUUCCAAGCCUCCCUACAGAACUAAACUUGAGUUAUUCCUAUGUUAUAUAGCUGAUAGUAUUUUGUAAUGAUUUGGGGAGGACAUUUAAAAUCACUUGAGGGCUUCAUAUUCAUUUUGUUAAUGCCACUGUCUGCUUGGCCAUAAGCAUGUGGAAGCACCCAUGGAGAGAUUCAUGAGAACUGAGAGCCUGCUAAAAGAAGUACUGUUUUGUACUUAACAGUUUCUUGAGAUUUAGCCAAUAUUUAUGGAGUCCUUCUAUUAGUUCUUUGACAAUGGUUCCAACAGAAUGUGCCCGGUAACACCCUCCUUCUUGCGUUAUAAAGGGGAUAAAAACUGGCUCGCCACAUAAUGCCUGAGGUCUGGUUCCACUUCACACACCGUGGAAUUGCCUGUGUUUGGCAUCAACCCAUUGUUUGCAGAGGAUGUGUUGUGAAGCAAAGACUGCCUCUGGGCUUUGAGAGGUUCUGCCUUCUAAGUAUGAUUAACACUAAACCAGAAACCUGGUUCUGAACUUUUGAGUGUCUGUGACACUCAAAGUAAAAGAAUCAGGUUCAGAAUCUCCCGAGAGAAAUUAUGUGUGAACACCCACCCAAAGAAAAAUGGUCAGUCUACUCCUUCAAAGUUUACUAUAUUAUAUCAAAACAUAUUUCUUUAAUCACAAAAUCAUAUGCGAUAUAAGUGAACAUCACAGAAGAAAUUUCUCAAUGCUAAUAUUUUGUGUCAUGGCAUUUUGGAAUAUCCC